AUGGUGGCUGGAUUCUACCGUCAAGGACCAAAGCCUGAUUAUACUGCUGUUAUUCAAGACUCUCUGUCUGAUACAGUUCAUGAAGGUGAUUCUGUAAAUUUGCAGUGUUCAAUUUUCGCCCAGUCAGAAAAGAAAACAUGUCCAGAGGAGAGCAGGGUGUUCUGGUUAAGAUUCUCCUCAGUAGAGAAACGUCCAAGUUUAAUUUAUGCUCAAAAGGAGGUUGAGGGUAAAUGUGAACAUAAUCCUGAUCCUCAGUCUGGGCAGAGUUGUGUCUUUAGUUUUGUCAAAGACAACAUCAGCUUCUUGGAUACUGGAACGUAUUAUUGUGCUUUGGCUGCAUGUGGUAGGGUUGUUUUUGGAAAUGGGACAAAACUGGAGUUUCAAGAUAUUAGUAAUACUUAUUCACGGAGGAACAACUCUCUUCUCCUUCUUAGUGUCAUUUUGCCUUUGAUGGUGAUCGUUACAGCACUAUUAGUCUGUAUUAUCAGGAAAAAAUCCUGUAAUUUUUGCAAAGAGUCAGAGAAUCUAGAAAGAAAUUAUACAACAGUUUGUGGACAACAAAAUCAACAGAGAAAUGGAGAUGAUUUAGUUUAUUCUAAACCAACUUUUUUGCGGAUGAAAGCUGACAGGGCGGACAGAGUUAAGGCAAGAAGAAGAGAAGAUACCAUCUACAGUGAUGUCAGAGCAUUUGAUGGAAACUAA